AUGAAUGAUGAUAAUUUUAUGAUUCUAGCAGCUGUUCUUCUUGGUAUCAUUCAAAUAUGUGGCACAUUCGGCUUUGACAUGGUCUCAUUUCUGAUCGAGCCGAUUUGUCACUCGGUGCGAGAGCGUCCAGACUGUAUCAUUGAAUAUGCCGGAUAUUAUGGCACCUCAUUCACCGAUCUUUUCUACACAUUCGGCAAUCUGAUUGCCCCUUCCUGUAUGUUUUGUGGACUCGGAUUUGCAUUAUUCUACGCUGGUGGUGGAUCUUAUGGAUUAAGACAUUCGACUGAUCGGACUCUCUCUAGAAAUCAGUCGAUACAAUGCAUGGUCAACUCGUUCACGACUGUUUUAAGCGGGAUUUUUUUUAUCUUUUCAACGCAUAUGGCAAACAAUGGAAAAGCGGGGAUUUUAGGAAAUGGCACAGAAGUUUUUACCGCACAGAAUCAAAGCAGCUACCGUCAUUACUCUGACACCGAAGUGCGGCUCCUCUCGCUCGGAAUGUCCGCUUUCGCGUUAGCGGCAUUGAUCUUAGCUAUCUUGUUGCCAAAGAGAAAUCUCCCAGAGUCACUUGAGAAGAAAAUCAAAAAUGAAAUCACUUUGAAACAACAAAUCAACAAAGUCCUCUCAGCUAUGAAACAGAAAAAUCUUCUCAAGUUGGCUCCAUUCUUUUUAUUCACUGGAUCCAUUCUUGCCUUGCUUUUUACCAUUUAUCCAACAACUUUCGCGUUCACGGAUUCGUUAGUGAAAGAGAGAAAUCUUGUUGCAUAUUAUUGUAUCGCUACUUGUUUGGGAGAGAUUGUUGUCGGCUUAAUCUUCACCACAGUCAGCAAGAAAUACCACAACUUUGGACUGAUCCCGGUUUUCAUAUUGACGUGCAUCUUCUUUGUAAUGGUGAUGGUGCUGACAUUGAUCUAUACGCCGGCUCAAUCCUCAUUAAAACCAACAAAAGAACUUGCGAUUUUGGAGCCAAGCGCAUGGAUCGGCAUACUAGUUGGUGUUCUUUAUGGUUGUCUCGAUGGAUCGGCGUGUAAUGCAAGAAUGGUUGCUGCUGCUAAAGGACUGCCAGAGUCACCAGCAAUCGCUUUCAGUGUAGCGAAAUUCUAUCAGGCCGGUUCUGCUAUGAUCUUUCUCUUCUUGGGCUCCAAAAUGAACAUUCAUCAAAUCCUCUAUCUUUCUGGCUUUCUGAUGAUUAUCAGUAUCGGCUGUUACAUCUCAUUCCUUCGAGACUUAAAAGUUUCAAGAAUUGGCAGCAUUACAGAAGGAAUUGAGAAAAGUGGAGAUGAGAAGAUUUUGAGUGAA